UCUAAUUCUUAGCGUAUAGAUCCAGACUUAGACUUUAAUGCAGACCAGGAACUACCCGAUGACGUAGGUGUGCUCAAGAUGCAAACUGUCGAGACAUCCAGACCAAAAUUAAUUUUAAACAUUAUUAUAUUUCUAAAAGUAAUAACGGUCAAACCAGAGUUUUCCCUGUGUGGCCAGCCAAUUAGCUAAUAAUCUUAGUUUUUCUUUCCACAAAAAUGUACUUAUCUCUUAAAUUUCAAGGAAAAUCAUUGGAGCCAUUUUCGAGAACCGAACACAUUUUUUUUUACCGAUGAAGAAUUUGAUUGGUGAAUAAAGGAAUCGUAAAAAAAAAGCGAAUCAAAUUUGUGCUUGACCUAUUUCCCUAUGACCUAAUUUCUUGGUAAGGUUGUCACGUGACGAGUCAACGUUGAAAAAUUAAAUUCAUCCUCUGUAACCUCAUUAUGCACUUUGUUCUUGGGGGGGGGGGGCGGCUGUAACCCGCGGGCCUUAGUUCGGGCAUCACUGCUGCACACAUGUAUGCUCCUUUGCUUAUUGACAAGCAACUCGUUCAAAAAGAGGCCAGCCAAAGCUUCCAGUAAUCAGAAUUUUGUUUUUUAAAAGAGAAGAGGGUUUACAGCCAUUGAACUUUGGACUGUCAGCUGUCAGGUUAGUUUUACUUGUCAGCAUGUUGUCAAAACACAAACGCACUAACUUUCCUAGAUCUUAAAUUUAAUUAGAAGUUCUAGUGAAAUGUAAAUGAGACAGUGGUUUUUAGCUGAACUCAUCUUGUUUACUUAAUGGUAUUACAGUAAGGACAUCAGUUUACUAAAUGGCUGUUUAGGACGAAAAAAGAAAUAAUGAACUGGAAAGUUCUGGCAAGGCAUGCCCUGUAUGAAAUGGUCUAUAUGACAAGCUUUCAGUCACAUGACUUCUAUGGCUGAUCACGUGAAGUACGAGGUGAAAGCCUGGGCAUUGGCCAAGGUCGAAACACUGUCUCCUACACAAUCUCCUCUUCUCCGGUCAGCUGUUGGGUCCAAAAGAACUGCAAUAGCCUAUAUAGUUUGUGGUCAGCGUCGGAGGAUCAGUUUACUAUUAAAUGUUUCUAAACAAAAUGAGAGUAACAGCAAAAACAAUAAAAAAAAAGAAGAAUCUUGUGUAUAAAUUGCAGUGAUAUUAUGGACUGUGGUUAGUUUAUGCUGGAGUGGCUGGAAUCUAUGACAUUAGUAUUUUAAAACAAUGUGGAUCAAGUCAUUGUGAGAGCAUUCAUAGCAAGUUUUCAAUACAAAGAAAUCAUGCAAUAGAUCAAAUAACAAAAGAAACAGAACAAGAUCAAUCAACGCAAGUAUAUGUAGCUGUGACGCCAACCACUUGAAGUGUCGAAUUAAGGAAAAUACUAUAAACAAUAAAAGACAAUGAAACUGAAAGUAGUUCAAAGCUCCAAGAAAACGUUAAGCUAACCAAACAAGACAUAGAUGACGUAAGUUCUCAAUUUGAUAAUUCGCCAGCACAAAAGUCAAAGCUUUAUGAAGAAAUCUGUAGCUCCACAUACUUUCGAAUAAAACAUCAAACAGAUGUCUAUCUAGUGACACAAAAUGGAGACGAUAGCAUGCAAGCGAGAUAUUUAUAUAAAGAAGAAAACAGGCUGGGAACAUUCGCCACAUACCCAACAUCAGCGGCCAAGUCGGCAGUGGUUCUGGCUCAGUCUGGGUUCGCCUACACUGGAACAGGCCGAGAUGGGGACGAUAGAGUCACCUGCGUAUUUUGUCAGGCAGUGAGAUCGUCCUGGAGACCAGAAGAAAAUGUUGAGGAGGUUCACAGAUCACUUUCACCGAAUUGCUCCUUAGUGACUGGACAAAACUCUGGAAAUGUCCCCAUAGUGUACAGUUCUUCUCGAUCAUUCCAAGAAUUACUUAAUGCAGCAAGCUCUACACGUGGUAGGGAGUCCACACCAAAUAGACGUGAAAACUGCCAUACAGAACACAGAGAGAACGCGUUAGGAGCCACGAAUUUGACAGAAUCAGAGAAUACCCAAUCAUCGUUACAGCAAGUAGAAUCCUUAUCACAAGGAAAUCCAGAAUUGCAGCAUUCCAUUGACAGUAGUCCCCAGUCUAUUACAAAUAACAAUAGGACACAUGAAGCAGGGCAAGCAGCUUCCUUAACUGGAGGUUCACAAGCUGAUGUCAACAUCACACCUUCCUCUAAUGGAACAUCUCAAAGAGAAGCAUCACCAAGUGCAACCCGAAAUACAACUACUAACAACAGCAGCACAGCCCAAAAUACUAAUAACAGCCAUACAGCCCCAAUUACAAGAAGUAAUAACAGCACAAAUGCACGUAAUGAUAACACUAGUGCCAACGGACCGACAUACUCAGAGCUAGGCAUUGUAACAGACAGACCAAAACGUCCUGAGUAUGCUUUGAAAUCGGAAAGAUUAAAGACAUUUACGAAUUGGCCAAGGGAUCAUCGUCUACAGCCUUCAGAACUUGCUGAUGCUGGGUUUUUCUAUGCAGGUUACGGAGACUGUGCCCGAUGUUUUUACUGUGGUGGAGGUUUACGUAACUGGGACGAUGAAGAUGAUGUCUGGGUGGAGCAUGCCAGGUGGUUCUCUAAAUGUUCUUUCAUACGUCAACGUGUUGGACAAGUCUUUGUGGACACUGUCCAGGAUCUGAACAAAACUUUAGACAAGAUUCCCUAUGAAGCAGUUGCUAACAAAAUGGGAGUAGCUGCUCUAUCAGCAUAUCAGCUUGAUAUCAAAGAAGAAACAUUGAGAAAGGACCCAGCAGUUAGAGCAGUCGCGGAACUUGGAUUCCCUAUGAAUGCUGUCAUAGAAAUGGCUAAAAUUGUUAAAGCCGAAGACUCCAGCUUGUCUGCUGACAGACUUUUGGCUCGACUCAAAGAAGAAAGGGGGGACCAAGUUCCUGCUCCUAGACCUCAAGUGAAUCACAUCGCCUCUAAUGGCGCCUCUAAUGACUCCGAGACCAUGCGGAGACUGAAAGAAAACAACAACGUAUUACGUCAGCAGACCACGUGUAAGAUAUGCAUGGACAGAGAGGUGGACAUUGUCUUCCUGCCUUGUGGUCACCUGGUGUCCUGCACUGAGUGUGCUGUGGCCAUGAAGGACUGCCCAGUGUGUCGAGCACAUGUUAAAGGGACAGUCCGAGCUUUCAUGAGUUGAGCAAAACUGUGAUAUAGGUCUACGUGUAGAAGCUAGUGUGGUGCAUAUGUGUAAAGACUUUGAAAAUGUA